AUGGAUUCCAGCUCUCAUAAGAUCUAUCAUGUACACGGAUUUGAUUCCAGACAACAUCUAGAGUUUUACCUGUCCGAUAAACCUGAUAUGGUCUUUGGAGAGGAUUGUUUGGCAUUUCCCAUUGAAAGCCUUAAGAAAGCCUUCAAAGAGGGUCAUAUUAAAGGAGAUGUCCUGAUUGAUUUUAGCCUUGGUUCCCUGGUUCAUCAUCUCAUUGCACCCAGUGAGUUUUUCAAUCACAUCAUAGUCCUGAAGGUCAAAGACCGAUGCAUCAUGGAGCUGAAGAGAUGGCUGAACACACGUACUGGAGCAUUCGAUUGGGGACAUGCUGCAAAACUUCAUGGAGAGAUGCAAGAAAACAGUGAUCGUUCAGUGGACAAAGAAGAGAAAGUCAGAUCGAUCGUUCAGCAUGUUGUGAAAUGUUACCCUGAGAUGAAAAAUAUGACGGAUCCGAUAGUCUUACCACCAGCAGAUUGUAUCAUCAGUUUUUGGCUCCUAGAUUCCAUCUGUAAAGACCAAAAUGACUACAGGAGAUAUCUCAGGAAGUUCUCAGGGUUGUUGAAACCUGGAGGACACCUCAUAUUAAUUGGGGGAUUAGAUAUAACAUAUUACACAGUUGGGAAAGACAAGUUCCAUGCUUUCCCAUAUGAUGAGGAUUUUGUCAGGAAAGCUCUAGUUGGAGAAGGAUUUGUUAUAGAUAACUGCAAGGUUCAGAAGAGAACAAAUGUAAGUGACCUUGUUGACUAUAAGGCCAUCAUUUUCAUUGCAGCCCACAAGGAGAAAUAG